AUGUUGGGUUUGCUGACGUCAGAGUUUGGCUAUCAGAAUCGCUUGACGUUGUUACAGCAGCUGAUAGAGUGCGGAGAGGUAUUAUUGGGGCAGGAUUAUGUGUACGGUUUGGACAGUCGGAUAUCCAACUCUAGGAAUUCAGUUUCACCUGACGUAGUGAACAAGGACCUUGGUCUGUCUGAGAGUGAUGACGAGGUCGCAGCCACCACCACCAGGCUAGAGCCAAUCCUCUCACCGAUACGCUCCGGUGGUAGUCCGAGUUCCGGCAGCGAAUCAUCACCUUCGGACUCUGAGUCAGAGUCUUCUUCAGCUGAGUCCACGGCUCCAGUGCCAGCCCCUGCACCAGCGCCUCCACCCGCGCAGCGCCCCUCUUGGGGCCUUUCGAACUUCGCGCCUCCACCGCCGGAGCCUCCCGACCAUCCGGAUUUGACAAAUGUACUGGCUGAUGCGAAGGGAAAACCGCAGAGUCCGAUAUCGGAUCUGUCGGAUUCCGAAGCGUCGUCGCCAUCUCCGGGGGUUAGACGUCGCAGAUCUCUUGCCAAUCGCAUCUCCACUGCAUCUAGUGAUGAAGAAACACCUCGACCAGUGCCGGUUCGACCACAAGCAUCGUCAAGCGUGCCACCACCAAUUCCAAGCGGUUCUCAAAGCACAGGGGUCAAACGUGGGCGGCCGCCCAAAGUGCGAACGUCGGAAGAACGCCCGCCCAAAAAGAAGCGCGGCCGCCCAAAGAAGACCCGCCCACAGUCGCCGGCUCCACCUGACAGUGAGCCGGAACCUGAUCCUCCCGUACAUCAUGCUCUACAGGAUACUAAGACGCAUAUCUUUCGUAAGGUUUUCACCCCUAAAAACGAGGGUGGAGGAAAGGGUGGCAAAGGAGGCAAAGGAAAAGGAGGCAAGGGUAAAGGUCAAGUGACGAUAAUCGAAGUGACGGCGCCCGAAUCCGGGGCUGACGACGACGACCGCCACAGGGACCGCUCCACCGAAAGAAGGACCGAAGAAGCUAUUGCCAGGGUCUCUCCUCCACAGGAAUCAGAGACCUACACCAGACGGCGUGAUGCCGAGAGAAACGCUAACGAUAGGAUACAAGGAGUUCCAAUUGAAAGGCCGGACUACCGCCGCACCGAAGACAGACCGACUAUAGAACGCACUUCGGUAGACCGACUACCAGACAGAAUAACCAAUGAUCGGUUAGUCCCCGAGCGGAUGCCUUCAGACAGGAGGUCCACAGAUCGACUGCCCCCGGAUAGACCGGAUCGGAACGAUCGCGCCCAGGAGAGACUAUCGAACGACCGCUUCCAAGACAGAAUAUCCAACGAUCGCCUCCAGGAAAGGAUAUCCACAGAUCGACUCCAGGAUAGAAUUUCCACAGAUCGCUUCCAAGAAAAACUCUCUUCCGACAGACUGCAAGAGAGAUUAUCAAAUGAUAGAUUGUCGAACGAUCUCAUCUCCCCUGAUCGUAUGUCCGACAGGUCUUCAGACAGAUUGUCGACGAGCGAUCGAAUGGAUCGGAAAUCCGGCGACAAAAUGUUGAUCGACCGGUCGAGCGACAAGUUGGAUAGGUUGUCGAGUGAUAAAAAGAUAUCUGUGGACCGGGUGGAGAGGAUCACGCCGGAGAGAGCAGAGGCCGAUGUUGGAUUUGUUCAGUGUCCUGUGCCUAUAGUGUCGGAGCGCCGCAGUCGUUCCAGAGUAUUAGUGAGUAUUCCCUUGGGACGUCUCCGAGCUGAGCUGGUCCGUGCCUUGCGUACACCGAGAAGACCUGGCCCACCACCGGCGCAGGUCAACACACCUCUACAGAGCGAAGUAGCGGCGACGAACCACGAGCGGCCGACCCCGUGUCUGGGCCAGACUCCGAUCUACUACUCGUACUUCGAACAGUUGCCCGCUGACGCGCUUUCCGAUGAAGAGCGGGACCACAAAUACUACCUCGCGGAAGCUAAACGCCUCCGCUCGGCGGCGGAAAGCGAACAGCACGCUUUGCCACGCGUCAUGCUGUACCUGGAGUCCGUGCUUUGCUUCGUUUUGACCGGACGCGUGCUGGAACUGGAGUUGGACACCAAAAGAGCCUUCACAAUUUACCGGGAGACCAUCGAGUAUAUCAAGUCCAUACACUCGAUGCCGCAAAGGAUCAGGGCCGAAGCGAGGAAGAAGGGAGGGGAACCUCACUCUACUUUCAGCAAACUGGAUAUAUUGAGCCUGCGUGUGCAAGCCCUGCUGUACCUGCGCAUGUUCAAGAUGUACAAUCGUGAAGUGAAGGAGUACUACAAGAUCGUGCAAGAGUAUCAACAAAAGGUCGGUAAUCCGGCAUGCGCCGAGUCGGUUUCCCCCCUGUCUCCGACGCCUUCUCCCGCGGGGUCAGUGGGCUCGGGCGGUUCGGCGUCGAGCGGGUACUGCUCCCUAGCGCACGCGGUUCCUGCGCACGCGCACAACGCCCUACUUCAGCUCACCAAGUACUACACGUUCCUGUACGUCGCGCACGAUCUAUGGGAACAGGCCGAUUGUUUGUGCCGGUUGAGGCCUAAUCAAGAUCUGUUCAUAGCAGUGGACCGAAAAUGCGGACCGCUGACUCUCUUCUCGACGUUCAGACAUCUCGUACAAUAUGUGCGUUACGCCAUCUCUCUUCUAAAGAGUGCCCCACAGUGA